GUUGAUUGCACGCAUUUCACGCUCUGUCUCUCACUCUUCUUCCCAAACCCCCCAAUACCAAAUCUUAGUUUAAAGUUUUAACUACUACCCCCGAUCAAAAAUUCCAACUAAAACAUAUCAUAUAUACAUACAUACAGAUAUAUAUUUGACUACAAUAACGGUAUCUAGAGAGAGAAAGACACAACACAACAAACAACGAACCACGUCAAUGUCAAUGUCAAUUAAAUUAUUAACGUAUUAAACGGUCGUCGUUUGGUGUCUUGAGUGAUGGGUUCACCAUACUUUGUCAAAUUGACCCAUUCCAAUCUCAGACCCAGCAACAACAAAAACAUAUAAACAAAUGCUAAUACAAAAAAACUUGUGUUUUGUGGUUUUUCGAAAAUGUGGAGGGAUGCUGGAACUCCUGCUGAUUCUUUCUAUGAGGUUAGGCCCGAAUGCACCGAUGUUCCCAAAACCACAUUCAAAAUCAAGGCUGGCAAAACUCUUAGUGUGCGAAAAUGGCAGGCUGCAUUUUCUCCAGAAGGUUAUCUCGAUAUAGGCAGGACACUUGGUCGAAUCCAACGCGGGGGGAUCCAUCCAUUAAUUAGAGGAGAAGUUUGGGAGUUUCUACUUGGCUGUUAUGAUCCUAAGAGUACAUUUGAUGAACGAGAGCAAACACGGAACCGUCGAAGGGCACAAUAUGCUGUUUUGAAAGAAGAGUGCCGCCAAAAUUUUCACCUUGUUGGAAGUGGUAGGUUUGUCACUGCACCCAUAAUUACUGAAGAUGGUGAUCCUAUUCUAGAUCCUAUAGUGCUUCAGCAAACACAACAAGCAGAUAAUGGAAUGGCUUCACUUUCUCAAGAAAAUGGUAAUGCCAACAACUUCAAGCCUGCAACUGGCUAUUCAUCACAUACUAAUGUCUUAAAUCAUUCAAAUACAGGUACUUCUUACAGUUCAGGGAUGGUGAAAGAGGUGGACAAGAAAAUAAUCCAGUGGAAACUUACACUACAUCAAAUAGGUCUGGAUGUAGUUCGCACUGACAGGACACUGGUUUUCUUUGAGAAGCAAGAAAAUUUGUCAAAGCUUUGGGAUAUUCUGGCUGUCUAUGCCUGGUUUGAUUCAGAUGUUGGCUACUGUCAAGGAAUGAGUGACCUUUGCUCCCCCAUGAUUAUUCUUCUUGAAGAUGAAGCAGAUGCUUUUUGGUGCUUUGAACGUUUGAUGCGCAGAAUGCGAGGAAACUUCAGAUGCACUGAAACCUCUGUUGGGGUGGAAACACAGCUUAGUAAUUUGGCUUCAAUUACCCAAGUUAUUGAUCCAAAACUUCAUCAGCAUUUAGAGACCCUAGGUGGAGGUGACUAUUUAUUUGCUUUCCGAAUGCUUAUGGUUUUGUUUCGUCGAGAAUUCUCUUUUGGUGAUUCACUGUACCUAUGGGAGAUGAUGUGGGCUCUGGAAUAUGAUCCUGACUUGUUCACACUGUAUGAGGACCCUGAUGCAGCUACUGAACAUUCUGAGGGAUCUAAAGGAAAAACCAAGUCAAUACGCCAGUGUGGGAAGUAUGAAAGAGAAAACAUGAAAAGUAAAGCAAAAAAUGCAGAAGCUCCACUACCCAUUUCGGUUUUUCUUGUUGCUAGUGUCUUGAAAGAUAGAAGCUCAAAGUUACUGACUGAGGCCCGAGGCCUAGAUGAUGUUGUUAAGAUUUUGAAUGACAUAACUGGAAAUCUGGAUGCUAAAAAAGCAUGCAGCGGGGCAAUGAAACUUCACAAGAAGUAUCUAAAAAAGGCCAAGAAGACGUAACAUUGAACCUAAAGCUUGGCGUUCGAAUGAAGAAAAUGAAUUUUUGGCAUAGUCAAGAAAUAACUUGAUAUUUUUCACACUGAAUUGAUUUGGAAAGAGAAGAUACUAUACUUUUAUACAGAUAUUGGAUUAGAGUUCACAGAUUAGUUUUCUAUCCGACCAGCAAAAACAUGCUCUGGUGGAAGCAUUUGUUGUAUGUAAAAUCAACCCUCAUUACCUGUGUAUCCAAAAUAUUCCUUUGAAGGAAUUGUAUGAAACAUUUUGUAUAAUCACCUGUUGUUUUGUAUUUGCGAUAAAAAAACAAGAAAAAUAUUUGUUUGUUCAAGGUUUACCACUUACAAUAAAGACAUUAUAGUUCUUGGAA